CUUCUUCUAUUAGCCGCGUGCAGAUAAGCAGCAACUCCAGUCCAACCAAAGAACAACCGGAAGAGAAGAGAAGGGAAGAAGAGAGCCAUCCGUCGCUACCAACACCAAUUCUUGCAGAGAGGAGGCGGCAUGAGAACCCAAGUGUUCUUCCUCACAUUCGCCUUGCUCGCCGUGCUCGCGCAAUCGAGCAACAGGCACCACCACCACCACUCCCAUGUUCAGAGCAAAGGGCAUGGAGGAGGAGGAGGGGAGCUAGCGAGCCGGGGGAAGGCGGCGGCGCGGGCGUGGCCGUGCUGCGACAACUGCGGCGGGUGCACCAAGUCGAACCGGCCGCUGUGCCGGUGCCUGGACGCGGCGCCCCGCGGGUGCCACCCGGCCUGCCGUGACUGCGUCAAGUCCAGCCUCAGCGCCGACCCGCCGGUGUACCAGUGCAUGGACCGUGUCCCCAACUUCUGCGCCCGCCGCUGCGCCGCCGCCGCCGCUCACUGACCGGCCGGCCGAGCGGACGACGACUCAUUCUGAUUGCUGCCGUUGACCCACCAACCGUCCAACCCAACCCAACCCAACCCACCCACCCACCCGCCGGCGAAUCCUACCGUCUGAAGGCCAGCUGUGGAUUAUAGAUUUUGUCUAUGUAGAGAGAGAGAUGAGGAAUCUGUUCAUCUGAUGAGCAAACCAAACCAAUCUUGGACCUUUUUUUCCUCCUUUUAUUUUGUCUUUUGACUUGACACUGCUCUGUAAUUGCCGGCUACUACUGCUUGGUUGCCUGUUCUUGGUUGCGAGGACAUGAGCGCGGUGAAUCGCCGGAACUGGACAAAGAUGUAUUUUUGCUUUCCUUGUUGGUUUUCGAGCUUUGGACUGGGACACCACACAGCUUGGUCGAUUUUUCGUAUGGAUAUAUUUUGGAAGCACAGUCAGGUCGAGAACGUAUCAAGUGUUACCAUCUUUUUACC